GUUACUACUGCUUCAUGACGCUUACACGCUUAUCCUAAUAUCAUACACUCACGCGAGAUUUUCCGUGAGUUGAAGAGAGUUUUAACCUUUGACCUUUCAGCCACGUUUCUGUCACAGACCAAGUAGGGCAGCGGAGGAACAGAAGUAUGAGCGGAAUUCUCAUGUACAAAGCGGAGCCGUAUUACAAAUUAGACGAUCUGAAUAACAUAGAGCUCCCAAAGUGCAUGUACAAGAUGAAGAAUCUGCAUAAGGAACAAUCAGACGGCCCAAAAAGUGCCCAAAGAGGGAGCUCUAGUGGCAGUGGAGCACUUGAGGCCCUGGAACAGAGGCAGGAGAACAUCCUGAGAGACCUGGACGCCCUGCAGACAGAAGUAGCUGCGAUGAUGCAGCACCUGCCAGCAUCUGUAAAACAGCAGGCGUCAGCAACUGCCGCAGGGGCUACAUGCGGACAAGCACAACUUGAAGGUCCAGUACGAGACAUUGUCAUCAAUGCCAGCCCCAGCUCCCCACCCCUCUCCCUGUUCAUCAUGUAUGAGCUGCUGAAGCAACAGUUCAGGUGCUUUGGUUCCGUACAUGUCCACUCAUCUGUGGAGAACGUACCUGAGGGCCUGUGUAAGUGCCUGGGCAACGGCAUAAGGAGCGACUUGAGGAAUAGAACAGACUUCCAACUGGCCAUCACUCUGAUUUGGAAGGAUGUCAAACCUUCUCCACAAAUGAUGAUGAGUGCUGCAUACCAGACUCCUAUCCACGGAGAGUCCAACGUCGCGAGAUAUCUGGGUCGGAUCCUCCAGCCAAGCUACGACUCCCUAGAUCCUGUCACUGCCACCGAGAUCGACACCUGGGUCGACAUGGCCAGCACCCAGGUGCUGCUGGGUAACAACAAGGAGAGGGCAGCGUCCCUGAGGUCGUUGAACUCUCGGCUGGGGAAGCAUGAUUGGUUGGUUGGGAGUGGGUUAACCUUGGCCGAUAUUGUGAUGUGGUCAGCCCUGCACCAGACAGGCCAGGCUGCAGGGGUUCCUGCUAAUGUUAAAAGGUGGAUGGUGGCCUGUAACGGUCAGCCUGCCUUCCAGUCUGCACUGAAACUUACUCAGUCAUAACAGACUCUGCAAGGUUGAAAAUUGGACCCUGCCAUGUAUCUGUCUCCAAAGGUUUCCCUAGUGACAAUUAUUGCAUGUCUCCUUAGAAAGAAUUACAAGACAACAAUGGAUGAUAAAAUGUAAAAAAUUACAAAUCAUUGAAAAAAAGAGGCCUUUUACAAUUGUGCAUUUACGUGAAGUUCAUCAUGAAAGGAGACAUAAUAGUAGUGUUAUAAAGCUUCCAAGACACUUUUCUGCAACAUGUAGGUAAAUCUACAGCCAAUUGAUGUAACAAUACACAGACUGUGCCAAUGGUUGCUGAAUUUCUUUAGAGUCACAAGGUGAAAAGUCUCCAAAAGAAAAGUAGAUAGAGUUUGAAAUUUGGGCUUUGACCACUUGAUAGUCUUGUCAUGUGUGGAGCAAUAAGCUUCUGCAGAAGUUGUGUUACUGAAGUUGUCCUGAAAUUUGAGCUACCUGUACCAGUGGCCCAUUGUGUCAGUAAGCAAAGAUAGUGAUAUUAUGGCACAACUAGAGGAUGAUGAUGAUGAUCAUCAUUUUGUAGGAUGCUAGGUUUUCUUCAUCAAGGUAUAAUAUCGCUAUCGUAUGCUUGUGAUUCAGAGUAAGUAAUUUUGUAUUGUAAAUUCUCUUAUCUUUAAACAAAGUACCAAAAUAUUAGAGGUGUUUUGAAAUAUUUAUUAGAUAAAAAGAUCAGACAGGUUAUCUUGCACUUCCAGAAUAAUACCAUAUUGAGAGCUAUGAGUACUGGUGAGUGGUUUGUUUCCAAGGCAUAUAAGAAAUAAAUAAAGUUACUCCCAGAG